AUUGCACCUCGACUCCACAGACAACACUCAAAGAUCUGCCGACAUCCACCUAGACCUCAGUCCACACGGGUACAUAUCCCCAGGCAGCGCUCACAAAUCCGGGGACUCUAUGCUCAGCGACGACGCCAGCUACAUGCAGGAGGGUCCUAAGAUUCCAUCUGGACC